CAAAUUACAGCAAUAAUUUAAAAGGGAGACAACUUUGAUGCAAAUGACACUUAUAAUGUGUUACAACGCAAACACAAAGUUACAGGUAUGGUAUGUAAUGCAGCAUGUAUCAUUAAGUGUGUUAGACUGUACAAAAAUCACUAGCAUGUAUCAGGGGUUAGUACCGCGGAUAAUAAUUUUAAAUAUAUAUGUAGGUUUUUUUUCAUGUUUUUAAAAUGCAUCACAUGCAUUGCUGGCUGUUUUGACAAUUUGUUGACUUAUUUAGCCGUUCCCGCCUCAGCGUUCCCGCCCUACAUGGUAGACUAUGAGGAUGACCAGUAUAGUAACUGUUACGACCCUGAAUCCAGUAACGGUUACCUUGAGAGUCAGUAUCAGGUCAUUAAAUGGCAGCCCUUCCAGGUACAGAAGUGGAACGUCCUCACAGACGCCAACCUCAAAGACCUGCCUCCCCCGCAGUACAGAGUCGACUCGGACAAAGGUUUUAAUUUUUCGGUGUCGGACGACUCCUUUGUUUGUCAGAAAAAAAAUCACUUCCAGGUAACAGUUCAUAUUGGAAUAGGCGCUGAACCCCGAUAUGUUCGGACGACGGAUGGGGUCAAGAAAAUUGAUUGUUUCUGUAUCCAUUUCCAUGGAGUGAAGGUAGGUUCUGCUUCAUUCAGCACCAUAUCAUACUGUCACCCUGGUACAAAAUAGUAGCUGCUUCCUACA